CGACACGCCCAACUCCCACACGCGUCCCCCUCUGCUUUAAUUCUCAUGAACGAGAGUCCCGGCCGGUGCAAAGGGGAGGGUGGUCAGUUGGUCCUUUGUGGACGUACGCCGUAAUGAUGCCAUUCAUUCCACUGCUGUUCGUCCUGGCGAGUCUAACUUUGCUUUUUUCACGACGUAAACACAAGGCCAUCGAAGGCGCAGAGCCCCGGGUGGUCGUCAAGGGUCACACAUACUCUGAUAGUGUGGAAGAGACUGAGCUUCAGCCUCUACCGCGAAAGAAAGUUGAGAAUGUUCGAAAUGCUUGUAUCAUUGGGGCCGGACAUGUGGGUGCAUUGACGGCAGCCGUGCUCGCCUCUCAAAAUCCUCAUGUCCAGUUCUGCGUGGUUGACAACGAUGCGGCUCUCAUCGCGGCCUGGAACUCUGAUCGCCUCCCGGUGUUCGAGCCAGGGCUGGACGAGCUGCUCGUCCAACCCCGAAAACGGAAAUUGGCAAACUUGACAUUCUCGACAAGUGUCCACGCGGGCGUGGUCGCAGCAGACUUGAUCUUCCUUUGUGCAGAAACAUCGUCGACCAUAACGAUUGAUGAAAAAGAGCGUCUGGACCUGUCACAGUUAGAGUAUGCCAUCCGAGCAAUUGCCCAAGUAUCAACUGGCCACAAGAUUAUUGUCCAAAAGAGCACAGCACCUUGUGGCGUCGUCCAACGGAUGAAAAAGAUCUUGCGCAAAUCUGCGUCCCCAUCGGCCUCAUUCGAUGUGUUAUCCAACCCCGACUUUCUUGUCCCGGGCACUGCCCUCCACGACCUUCUUUACCCUCCGCGAGUCAUCAUCGGCCACAUUUUCUCCGAAGACAUGUCUCCUGAAGCCCUGAAAGCACUUAAGCAGCUAUACAUUCCUUGGAUCCCCGAAGAGCGCAUCAUCACCAUGGAUGCAUGGUCUUCCGAACUCGGUAAAAUAGCCGCGAACGCAUUCCUCGCCCAGCAGAUCAGCAGUCUUCACUCACUAAGUGCCAUCUGCGAGUCAACCAACGCCAACAUCAACCACAUCACCCAGACCCUGGGACUACCGCAGCGAGUCGGCUUUGGCUUUGGCAGUUCACACCUGCAGACUGAGGUUCUCUGCCUGGUCUAUCUUGCUCGCGAGCUAGGAUUGCAGCAAGUUGCAGAGUACUGGCGAGCCGUCCUUCGCAUGAACGAUUCCCACAAUCGACGCAUUGCCAAGCGAGUGUUGUCGCAGUUAUCCGGCGAUCUCACAGAGCAAAAGAUUGCGAUUUUGGGAUUCACCCCGAAGGAGAACAACAGCCAGUACUCCGUGGCACUGGGUCUGAUCCGAGACCUGACGAGCAACGGGGUGCAAGUGAGCAUCCAUGACCCAUUUAUUCCUGCAGACCAGCUAGAGAAUACGUUGCGUGUGAGCAAUGCGUCUCUCGAGACUGUUACAGUCGCUGAGUCAGUGGAGGCGGCAUGUGCGGGAUGCAGUGCUGUUGUUCUUCAUACGGACUGGGAGACAUUCGGGCAUGAAAAGGUCCGAUGGCAGGGUAUUGCAAGUCAGAUGCAGAGCCCGAAGGUGUUUUUGGAUCCUUAUGGCGUCUUUGAUCAGUUCAAGAUGCAGCAAUGGGGAUUCAAGAUGUUGCAAGUGGGUGUGAGACAGGCGGAAACGCAGUGA